ACUGGCAGGGGCAGAGUACGUCGGACGUGGUCGUCUAUGCUGCCACAUUUUUAUUUUCUGCGGAAAGGGGGAACGAAAUGGAAAAGAGAUCAUUCUUUCUAGCACUAUGCUGAGAUCUUGGACCGCCUUCCCACCAUGCUGGAACUGCGCUCCUGUUCGGUCAGCUCUCAGUCUCUGACAGAGGACCACAAUGCUUUGGGGCUACCGAGAGGCCCAGGAGGGCCAGACUGUCCAGUGGGUGGUUUGGGUCUUGGCAUGGGGACGAUGUGUGGUAGCAGCACCCCCAGGCACCACCUCCUUCACCCAUCUCCAUCAGACUGUGAAAGCUGGCAGAAACAUCGUGCAGGAAAGGGUGAAGGGUCAAACCAGUAUUCUGAGUCUCACUCCCUCCUGCAGCCCCAAAGUGUGUCAACCAGCUACGACACCCUCUACCUCUCAAACAUGCCAGGACACGCUGGCCCUCUACACCCAACCCGUCUGGGCCUCUCUCUCGAUGUGACCUCGACUUUUGAUGCUGGAGUUGGGAUGGUGGCGGUGGAUGGAGAUUUGGCGGUCAGUCCUAAUGUGAUCAAGAGACGCCGUGGAGGCUUGAUUGAGCAGAGGGACAUUGUCAAAGCCCACCAGGCUCACAAGAUACAGAGCACACCACAAGCACGUCGCAAGGAGUGGGAAAUGGCCCGUUUCGGAGACGAGGUCCCGGGCUUGUUGAGUUCAGGGGAUGGAGGCUCAGAGCGCAACCGGAACCGCGAUGGAGCGGCCGUGUCUACAGGUGGCAUCUCUCCAGCCUUCAAGCAGACCAAAGCGCAGCGUGCCCGCACCAUGGCCUUGUACAACCCUAUUCCGGUCAGGGAGAACUGUUUCACCGUCAACAGGUCGCUCUUCAUCUUCGGCGAGGACAACGUGGUCAGGAAGUACGCCAAAAAAAUCAUUGAGUGGCCUCCGUUUGAGUACAUGAUCCUCGCUACCAUCAUCGCCAACUGUAUCGUCUUGGCUCUGGAGCAGCACCUUCCUGGAGAGGACAAAACACCCAUGUCCAAGAGGCUGGAGAAGACAGAGCCCUACUUCAUUGGGAUGUUCUGUUUUGAGGCAGGGAUAAAGAUCAUCGCCCUGGGCUUUGUAUUUCAUAAAGGUUCUUACCUCAGGAAUGGAUGGAACGUCAUGGACUUCAUUGUGGUCCUUAGUGGGAUCCUGGCUGCAGCUGGGGCACACAUGAACAUCUCCGUGGACCUGAGGACUCUGAGGGCUGUGCGAGUGCUCCGGCCGCUCAAACUGGUCUCAGGCAUCCCCAGUCUGCAGAUAGUCCUGAAGUCUAUAAUGAAGGCCAUGGUUCCUCUGCUUCAGAUUGGUCUGCUGCUGUUUUUUGCCAUCCUCAUGUUCGCCAUCAUCGGCUUGGAGUUUUACAGCGGCAAACUGCACUACACCUGUAAACCGCAGCCAGGAAUACUGGAAAACGAGACGGUGGACUCGUCUGAGUAUGAGUUUCCAUGUGGCGUUCGUCAGUGUCCAACCAAGUACACUUGCAAUGACACCUGGAUCGGCCCUAACGACGGCAUCACCCAGUUUGACAACAUCCUGUUCGCUGUCCUCACUGUCUUCCAGUGCAUCACCAUGGAGGGAUGGACCACUGUUCUCUACAAUACCGACGAUGCCUUGGGCCCCAGCUGGAACUGGCUCUACUUCAUCCCCCUAAUCAUUAUAGGCUCAUUUUUUGUCUUGAACCUGGUGCUGGGUGUCCUCUCUGGAGAAUUUGCCAAAGAGAGAGAGCGAGUGGAAAACCGCAGGGCCUUCAUGAAGCUGAGACGCCAGCAGCAGAUUGAGAGAGAGCUCAACGGCUAUCGGGCCUGGAUCGACAGAGCAGAGGAGGUGAUGCUUGCAGAGGAGAAUAAGAAUCCAGGACCUUCUGCCCUCGAUGCUCUCAGGAGGCUCCCAGAGUGGAGUACAGGUGGUGCCUAUGUGUUAAAGCGAGCCACCACCAUUAAGAGGAGAGGCAUGGAUGUGGUGCAUCAUGGGCAACAAGGGGAGGAACAAUACGGUGACAUCUCCUCUGUGGGUGUCCCCAUGGCCAGAGCAAGCAUCAGGAGCGCUAAGCGAGGUCCAGCAGCAUAUUUUCGCCGCAAGGAGCGUCUCCUGCGCAUCUCCAUCCGCCGCGUGGUGAAGACUCACACCUUCUACUGGACGGUGCUCGGCCUUGUGGCUCUGAACACCCUGUGUGUAGCCAUUGUUCACCACAACCAGCCCCUCUGGCUGUCCAACUUCCUCUACUAUGCAGAGUUUCUGUUCCUCGCUCUGUUCCUGACUGAGAUGUUCCUGAAGAUGUAUAGCUUGGGGCCGCGCCUCUACUUCCACUCCUCAUUCAACUGCUUUGACUGCAGCGUUAUCGUUGGCAGCAUCUUUGAAGUGCUGUGGGGUUUCUUCAGGCCUGGUACUUCCUUUGGCAUCAGUGUGUUGCGUGCACUGCGUCUGCUGAGGAUCUUCAAGAUCACAAAGUACUGGGCGUCUCUGAGGAACCUGGUCGUCUCUCUGAUGAACUCCAUGAAGUCCAUCAUCUCCCUCAUCUUCCUUCUCUUCCUCUUCAUUGUUGUCUUCGCUCUCCUUGGCAUGCAGCUCUUCGGUGGCAGGUUUAUCUUUGAAGACUACACUCCAACAAACUUUGACACCUUUCCAGCAGCUAUCAUGACUGUUUUUCAGAUUCUGACUGGAGAGGACUGGAAUGAGGUGAUGUACAAUGGUAUACGUUCUCAAGGAGGAGUGAAGUCUGGCAUGUGGUCCUCUAUCUACUUUAUAGUUCUCACUCUGUUUGGAAACUACACUCUGCUGAAUGUCUUCUUGGCCAUUGCCGUGGAUAAUCUUGCCAAUGCCCAGGAGCUUACCAAGCAGGAUGAAGAGGAAGCAGAGGCUGCGUUCAACCAGAAGCACGCUCUCCAGAAAGCGAAGGAGGUUGGACCGUUGUCUUCCUUCAUGUCUUCAGAGGGAAGCCGGAGGAGGCGGCCCUACCUGUACAGAAAAAGAGCCAUUCACCGCAGCCGGCCUACUUACUCCUGCUCCCUGGAAGAGGCCCAGGGAAGCAUGAGGGAGGGCCGCCCACCCCCACCACUCAACCCAUCUAACUCUUUCAUGUCCAGGAGAGAGAGGAGAAAGAGGAUGACCAUGUCAGUUUGGGAGCAGAGGACCAGUCAGCUGCGGAGACACCGCCAGAUGUCCAGCCGAGAGAUCCUGUACACCAACCCCAGUGAGGAGAAAGAUGGUCCUCCUGUUUCGGGCCAAGCCCAGCAUGGACUCCCCCUGUCGCUGCACCGCAAGGCCAUGCAGAACACACCAUCAGGGAGUCUGAAGCACCUUACAGACCCUCUGGCCUCUCCAGCUAAGAACCAGGCAUCGGGGUCCUCCAUGUCGGUGGAUGUUCCCCUUGCACCUGCUCUCUCUGGUGACAUACCUGAACCCCCACUGUCAGUGCUGGUGCCAGAUUCGUUGGAUCCUGCAAAUGUACCCAUCACUGAUUCUGUUUCAAUGGCCAUACCAGAGCCUCCUGAAUCAGAGCCCAUCCCUGAGAGUGGAAAGCUGGCCAUUAAUCAGAGCCACAAACACGCCAGUGAGCGCCGAAGCCCCAGGCUGAAUGCCGAGCGACAGCACAGAGCUGUAAAGAAAUUCAGACCUCCAGACAACGUUGAUACACUGACUCCUGAAAUUGGAGGCCAUGGCGGGAUUAGGGGCCGGAGGACGCUGCACCACUGUGCCCAUCCGACCGGGACCAAAAGCCAAGGGUCUUCUCCUGGGAAUGGAAGCCACUUAGCGGAGAGGAAGAUAAACCAUGGGAAAACAGAGGAAAACACAGCAGAGCCUGACAACAAUGAGGGAGACGAGUAUAAACAUGAGGAGGGCAGACAGGGUGAUCAGAGUGAUGGAGGGGACAGUAACCCGACAGACAACCAGAGUCACCCCAGUGACCAGUGUCCUGAGAAGCAGGAGGAGACGUCUCCACACUCAGAACCACCAGCACGUACUCUUCCAGAGGAUGACAAAGAAGAGAAGGAGACAGAGCAGGACCUGGAUAAAGCUCAGCUUAGUUCCAAUGUGAUCAUUGAGGUUCCCAACGUGCAGCCGUCACUCGAGCUCUCCACAAUCACAGUCAACAGUAAGGACCCUGAAAGCUGUAAGUCAGAGAAGGAAGAAGCAGAGGAGACAAACCCUGUCAACACUGUGACCCCAGACAGUAUGUUUAUCUUCAAACCUGACAACCCGGUGCGUCGAGCGUGCCACUAUGUGGUGAACCUCAGGUACUUUGAAAUGUCCAUCCUGCUGGUCAUAGCUGCUAGUAGCAUAGCACUGGCUGCUGAGGACCCUGUAGCCACCUCCUCUGAUUGGAAUAAGGUUUUGCGCUAUUUUGAUUAUGUGUUCACUGGAGUCUUCACUUUUGAAAUGAUUAUAAAGAUGAUUGACCAAGGUCUGAUCCUCCAUGAUGGCUCCUACUUCAGAGACCUGUGGAACAUCCUUGACUUCAUUGUUGUGGUGGGAGCACUGGUGGCCUUCGCCCUCACCAAUGUCAUGGGAAAUAAUAAAGGACGGGACAUAAAGACCAUCAAAUCUCUGAGGGUGUUGCGUGUCCUAAGACCACUGAAGACCAUUAAGAGACUUCCUAAACUUAAGGCGGUGUUCGACUGUGUGGUGACGUCUCUGAAGAAUGUCUUCAACAUCUUAAUUGUCUACAAGCUUUUUAUGUUCAUCUUUGCCGUCAUUGCUGUGCAGCUCUUCAAGGGGAAGUUUUUCUACUGCACCGACAGUUCAAAAGACACGGAGAAGGACUGCCAGGGUUACUACAUCGACUAUGGGAAAGACAAGAAGGAGGUGAAGAGAAGAGAUUGGAAGAGACAUGAGUUUCACUACGAUAACGUCAUCUGGGCUCUGCUCACGCUCUUCACGGUUUCCACUGGAGAGGGGUGGCCUCAGGUCUUGCAGCACUCCGUAGACGUAACAGAAGAAGACAGAGGUCCGAGCCACGGCAACAGGAUGGAGAUGUCGAUCUUCUAUGUCAUCUACUUUGUCGUCUUUCCCUUCUUCUUCGUCAACAUCUUCGUUGCUCUCAUCAUUAUUACCUUUCAAGAACAGGGCGAUAAGAUGAUGGAGGAGUGCAGCCUGGAGAAGAACGAGAGGGCAUGCAUAGACUUUGCCAUCAGCGCCAAGCCCCUGACCCGAUACAUGCCGCAGAACCGACACACAUUCCAAUACCGCCUGUGGCAUUUUGUGGUGUCGCCUUCUUUUGAGUACACCGUCCUCACCAUGAUUGCUCUGAACACUAUUGUACUGAUGAUGAAGUACUACUCUGCCCCUCCAGCGUACGACGCUGUCCUGAAGCACCUUAACACAGCGUUCACUGUCCUCUUCUCUGUCGAGUGUGUCCUCAAGAUCAUGGCUUUUGGCUUUCUGAACUACUUCAGAGACACGUGGAACAUUUUUGACUUCAUCACAGUCUUGGGCAGCAUCACUGAGAUUGUAGUAGAUUUGCAGUUUGUGGAUACAUUCAACAUGAGUUUCUUGAAGCUGUUCCGAGCAGCUCGUCUGAUCAAGCUGCUGAGGCAAGGUUACACCAUCCGUAUCCUUCUCUGGACAUUUGUUCAGUCCUUCAAGGCUCUGCCCUAUGUCUGCCUGCUCAUCGCUAUGCUCUUCUUCAUCUAUGCCAUCAUUGGCAUGCAGGUGUUUGGGAACAUUAAGCUGAACGAGGAGACACACAUUAACCAGCACAACAACUUUAAAACCUUCUCUGGUGCCCUGAUGCUGCUUUUCAGGAGUGCCACAGGGGAGUCGUGGCAGGAGAUCAUGCUGUCGUGUCUGGGGGGACAGCAGUGUGAGACGGACCCCUCUCUUCCCGCAGCAGUACCAGUGACUGACCAGGAGGGGGGCUGUGGCUCUGACUUUGCCUAUUUCUACUUUGUCUCCUUUAUCUUUUUUAGCUCUUUCCUGAUGCUGAACCUGUUUGUGGCAGUGAUCAUGGAUAACUUUGAGUAUCUAACGAGAGACUCGUCCAUCCUUGGACCACAUCACCUGGAUGAGUUUGUCAGAAUCUGGGGGGAGUAUGAUCGUGCUGCCUGUGGUAGGAUCCACUAUAAGGAGAUGUACAAAGUUGUACGCACUAUCUCACCUCCCCUGGGCUUUGGAAAGAACUGCCCCCACAGGGUGGCAUGCAAGAGACUAGUCCUGAUGAAUAUGCCUGUGGAUGACGACAUGUCCGUCCACUUUACCUCCACCCUCAUGGCGCUCAUCCGCACUGCCCUCGAGGUCAAGAUAGCCAGAGGAGGGGAAGACAGAAACCAGAUGGAUUUGGAUCUGCAGAAGGAGAUUAGUGUCAUCUGGCCUCAUCUCUCUCAGAAGACACUUGACUUGCUGGUCCCAAUUCACAAAGCCAGUGACAUGACCAUAGGGAAGAUCUAUGCUGCCAUGAUGAUCAUGGACUACUACAAGCAGAGCAAAGCCAAGAAGCUUCGACAGCAGCUGGAGGAACAGAAACAUGCUCCCAUGUUCCAGCGGAUGGAUGCUUCCUCUCUUCCUCAAGAAAUCCUAUGCAAUGCCAAAUCGCUGUCAUUCCUCAGACACAGUGCGGGAUCUGCUCUCACCAGAGGAGGCUUCGUGGCACUCAGCCCAAUCUCUCCACAAGAGAUGUUCCUGCAGCCGUUGUCUCACUCCAGGGAGGUGGAGAAGGAGGAGGAGGAGGAGGAUGACGACUACCGUUCACCUUACCACCCCUACCACCAUCCACACCAUCACCAUCAUCAACACACACUGGUGCCCGACGUAGUGGAGUAUAACCAAGUGAUUCAGCAGACCAGGCAGGAUCCGACACUUAUUAAAUCACCUCAGCGGACAGCAUCUAUCAGAGCGUCCUCCAUGCCCAGACUGGCUGUUGAUCCACAGCCGGGGAUGUCAGACGCAGACAGUAAGCUGAUGAAGCGCUCCUUCUCCACCAUCGGAGACCAGUGUGUGAACGGCCUCUGGCAGGAGCAGCACUCUCUGGAGAGAAUCAGUCCUGAUGGCACAUACAGACCCCGGCAAAGGAGCUACAGAGGCCCAAGACUGAACCACAGAGAAACUAGUAGCCAUGAAAGAGGGAGAUCGAAGGAACGGCGCCACCUUCUGUCCCCUGACGUGUCGCGCUGCAACUCUGAGGAGCGAAGCCGGGACCCUUCAUACGAGAGGAGGCGGUCACCCUCACCCGGCGAAGGACGCACACAUACACUACAGAAACAGGUGAACACAUCGGGCAGCCCUGCCAACUCAGCCUCAGAGUCCAGCACUCCUCGUAACCGACGCCAGCUGCCCCAGACACCCUCUCGCCCACGGCCUUACAUCUCUUACUCACCUCUCAUCUGCCGAUCCCAGACCUCUCCCACACCAGCUGCCUCCUCUGAGGGACAGACCCAGCCUCAGGACGGCCCUGGUGGCUCUGCAGAGACCCUGUGGAAGGCCGACAAAGAAGGUGGGACCUUGUCUGCGGGUCAGGGAUCGUCUGGAGUUCAGUUUUCAGGGCCGAGCCACCCGUCUCCUCACCGCUACAUAUCGGAGCCCUACCUCCCAUUCCAUGAGGACCUCAGCAGCGGUGGAGCAGGCGAGAGGCAGGAGACCCUUACCUUUGAGACUGCCAUAGCCACCAGCUUAGGACGGGCCAACGCCAUAAGCUCAGCCCCUCAGCUCAGACACUCCUGGCAGGUUCCCAAUGGCCAUUUCCGGAAGCACUUGGGCCAGGGGAGCCCGGCCGCCGCCACCGAGCUGCUGAGUGACACAGAUGAGGACGACCGCUGCUGAGAAUCAGAGGGAAAGUGAGGAGGAUGCGCAGAGCAACUGGGCACCUCAUAGCAGCUCGCGUGGCACCACAAGGCUUUAGCUCCUCUGUGGCUCUGAGAAACUCAAGUUCUCAGCACCAGUAGCAUUACAGGCAGGACUGGGCACCAUUGCUGUUUAUCUGUAUACUGGUGUCUGUCUGCACAUGUCCUUGUGUGUGUGUGUUUGUUUAAGCAAAUAGCCACCAGGGGAGGGAGACUACAUGGAUGUGUGUUUACAUGUGAGUGUGUUCUUAAUAGAGAAAAUUUGCCAAAUCAAGACAACAGCAGAGACUGACUGUACCAUAAGUAGCUCACUGCACCCACAAGUUACCAAGCCUUCCCACACAAAUUAGUGUUUUGAUUGUCAUUUAAACAACGUAUGGUGAGAUGUGGAUUAAAGGUGUCCGAAUCUUGUAGGUGAAUCUGCGAAACCGAUUUAAGUGCAUUUUGUGAACAUAGAGGUAGCAUGUAAACAUUUAAUAAGAUGAAUGUAUUUUAGUCUCAUGUUCAGGUCAUUUGAGAAGGUUGUUGAUUACCGUGCGUAGCUGUAUGAAUAGAAAUGAAACAGGGGUUGAUUCAGUCAGAUUUGGCCAGUUUACAACUGGCAACCAGCCAUUCCCAACAGUUCCUGUUUACAACAAGAGCAUCCACAAGAUUCAUGGGCAUUAAAUAGACACUAAUCAAUACACAGGAAAUCAAUAAUAGACCUUGGCCUUGAGCUAAAAUAGUAAUUUUUCUACCAUAAUAUGCUAACUAUAAAUAUAUAUUACAAGUGUGUGCAGGGUUGUGCUGGCUCUGUGUGUGAGAAAUGUGGUGAACAGGGGACACAAUAAGAGAUGUUUGUCUCAGGAUACGGGACUGUUGGCUUUGUAAUAAAGUUUUCUGAAAUUAUCUGAGAAAAUGUCUAUCUGGAACUCAAAAUAAAAGGUUUGGGAAAAUCAGAGGGACUAGACGUGUCUCGUAACCCUAUAGGUCAGUCAGCAUGACCUUCCAGUCACAAGGACCCUACCAGUUUCUCACAGGCCCUGAGGUCUGCAGAUGCUCCAUUCAUGGACUAUUACAGCUUUGGCCAGAGGACCAACCAUCUGUAAGACCCGGGUGUUGUUGUUAUGUGAAGCCAAAUGGAUGUUCAUUCUCUACAUUUCUGUGAUGGAUAUCCUCUGUCGAUGUUGUUUCAGAGAGAUGACGAAAGCCAUUUUCUUCCUGUACAUAGAUCCAGGGACGUGUCCUCUUCAAGAUGUGUUGCCUUUUUCGUGUGAUGAUGAAAGUGCUGAGAAUUUAAUGUCCUUUAUACAUGUCAUGCAACAUGGAUGCUUUAACAAAAGAGGAAUCACAGGUGUGGUAUAGUUCGUCUCUUUGUUAGCUGCAUACAUUACAGUAUGUUCUGUCCUUAUGGUAAUUUCCACAUGCAUGACCAUGGUGAUGAUGAUAGCGAGACAUGUGAGGGAGUUGUGUCGUAGAGCUGCCUGGUUAUUCUUUUCAUCGUAUCUUUGAUGUUUCAUGAGAAUCAUUUUGUGAAGCGGGGGACAGAGAACUGUUUCUCACACCCAGCAUUCACAGCCCACAUCUAAACAUUCCAAAACAAUUUGUUGUUCCCUCUAAUAAGAUGUAUAUUUAUAUCAUGUGCUGUUGUAUUGUUAUAAUAUGUUUGCAAUGUGAACACGGGACUUUUCUGAACUGAGGAUCCACAGGUCAGAGUCCUGAACAGAAAGUCUUGCAAUGAAAAAGAUGUAUUUUAGCAGACAAACCUCCUUUGAAAUGUGUUGACCACAAGACUUGAUUUUUACAGUACACAGGUUAGGUAAAGGCUUCAGCCUGAAGUAUAUAGGACCGUGCUUGAAAUGUACAAUGCAGCCUAGGACUUAACCUCGAUGUCCGUCUGUACAGAACAGCCUAAUCUGUGCCUGGGGAAACUCGCCCAAAGGGUUCCCUAUCAAGCCUGGAUUUCAUAGAUAGAAAAGCUUUCCGGUAAAUAUGUAGUAUAAACUGUACAAAAUAAAUCCAUGUUUAAUUUAUUGAACUGUUUAUAUUUUAUUUAAAUCAUGCUGCCUGUCCAUGACUUUAUCAAAAGAAGUGUUUACAUAUUUGUUCAUUAAAGAGAGAUAACUUGUCUAUUCCA